AUGGCCGCUGCUGACGUGAAGAUGGAUGUUGAUGAGCCCUCAAUCGACGAGGGUUUGUAUUCGCGUCAAUUAUAUGUGCUUGGCCAUGAAGACUCAAUAUUCUCGGUUUGGGUGUUGAAAUCGGCGCGUCUAUUUGCACUGACAUCGCCGACUCGCGAACUAACCCAGCUCACAGCGAAGAACAUCGUUCUGGCUGGCGUCAAGUCGGUUACCAUAUAUGAUACGACACCGGUCACCCUCGACGACCUUAGCACGCAGUUCUUCCUACGACAGGAAGACAUCGGCAAAACUCGAGCAGAAGCCACCGUUGCUCGUCUGGCCGAGUUGAAUGCCUAUGUACCUGUUCGCAAUUUGGGAGGCUCUCCAGGACAGGAGAUCACUGUAGAUUUGAUCAAGGGCUUCCAGGCUGUUGUUCUGUGUCAUGCUUCAUGGAGCAAGCAAGUCGAGAUCAACACAUGGACCCAUGAGAAUGGCGUAUUCUUCAUCGCUGCUGAAACUCGCGGCCUUUUUGGAUCCGUCUUCAACGACUUCGGUCCCAAAUUCCUGUGUGUCGACCCCACUGGAGAGCAGGCGCUCUCAGGUGUGAUUGUGUCCGUUGAGCAGUCAGCCGAUGGACUAGUCACUUGUUUGGACGAGGCCAGGCAUGGUCUGGAGGAUGGCGAUUUCGUCACAUUCAAUGAAGUUCAAGGCAUGGAAGAGCUAAAUGGUUGCGAGCCCCGCAAAAUCUCCGUCAAGGGACCAUAUACGUUCACGAUUGGCGACACGACCAACCUCCAGUCCUACAAGAGGGGAGGUAUUUUUACUCAAGUCAAGAUGCCCAAAACGCUCGAAUUCAAAUCACUCAAGGAGUCGCUGUCAUCACCCGAGUUUUUCAUAACAGACUUUGCCAAAUUUGAUUGUCCUGCUGCCCUCCACGCUGGUUUCCAAGCGCUAUCGGAAUUCCAAGCACAGCAUAAACGACUUCCUCGUCCACGAAAUGCCGAGGAUGCAGCGGCCGUUGUCGCAUUGGCCAAAAAACUCGAUGCGGAGGCUGAUGAGAAGAUCGUGACGGAGCUGGCCUAUCAAGCGCGAGGAGACCUUGCCCCCAUGGUGGCAGUGUUGGGCGGCUUUGUAGCGCAGGAGGUAUUGAAAGCUUGCAGCUCCAAGUUCCACCCGAUGGUCCAACACAUGUACUUCGACGCACUUGAAGCGCUUCCUUCCGAGGUACCAACUGAAGCAGAUUGCCAACCUACGGGCAGCCGCUACGAUGGGCAGAUCGCCGUAUUUGGCAAGAAAUUCCAAGACAAGAUUGCCAGUCACCGGCAGUUCUUGGUCGGGUCAGGCGCCAUUGGCUGUGAGAUGCUCAAGAACUGGAGUAUGAUGGGCUUGUCCUCAGGACCAAAGGGAGACAUUCAGGUCGCAGACCUUGACACCAUUGAGAAGAGCAAUUUAAACCGUCAAUUCCUUUUCCGCGCUAAGGACCUCGGCAAAUUCAAAGCAGAGGUGGCUGCAACUGCCGUCGCUGAAAUGAACCCGGAUCUCAAGGGCAAAAUUCACUCAAGGCAAGACAUCGUCGCAGCUGAGACAGAAGAGAUCUACAACGAGGCUUUCUUUGCUGGUUUGGACGGUGUCACCAAUGCUCUUGACAAUGUGAAAGCCCGUCUCUACGUUGAUCAACGAUGCGUCUUUUACAAGAAGCCUUUGACCGACUCUGGCACGCUCGGUACUAAGGGAAACGUGCAGGUGGUAAUUCCAAACAUUACGGAAUCCUACGGCUCGUCGCAAGACCCACCUGAGAAGCAAGCCCCCUCUUGCACAGUCAAGAACUUCCCUCAUACUAUUCACCAUACGAUUGAGUGGAGCCGUGAAAACUUCGACGACUUUUUCGUCAAGCCGGUCCAGGCAGUCAACGCUUACCUGUCAGAACCGAAUUAUCUGGAGACUAACCUCAAAUACUCCGGUCAACAAGUCGAGCAGACCAACCAAAUUUUGUCGUACCUUGUGACCAACAAACCUCUUACGUUUGAAGAGUGCAUUGUUUGGGCGCGCUUGCGGUUUGAGGAGAAAUACGCCAACGAGAUCAAACAGUUACUGUUCAGUUUCCCCAAGGACGCAGUAACUACCAGCGGUCAGCCGUUUUGGAGCGCACCGAAGCGGGCUCCAGAUGCCUUGGUGUUCAACUCAAACGACCCUCUCCAUCUUGGGUAUAUCAUCGCUGCCGCCAAUCUCCGUGCAUUCAACUACGGUUUGAAAGGAGAGACUGAUCCCGCUGUUUUCCGCAAAGUCGCAGACUCCGUGAUUGUGCCUGAAUUCACGCCCAGCGCAAGUGUGAAGAUCCAGGUCAACGAAAAUGAGCCAGUACAGCAGGAUGCUCCUGCGGGCGGAGAUGACAUACUGCCUGACCUGCUCGCCAAACUUCCUUCACCGGCCUCAUUAGCGGGCUACCGACUGAACCCCGUCGACUUUGAGAAAGACGAUGACACCAACCACCAUAUCGACUUUAUCACCGCAGCUUCCAACUUGCGCGCGACCAACUACAAUAUUCCCGUUGCCGAUCGCCACUCAACGAAGCAAAUCGCAGGGAAAAUCAUCCCUGCCAUUGCAACGACGACUGCUCUCGUCACGGGCUUGUCAUGCCUAGAAUUGUACAAGAUCAUCGAUGGCAAGACCAAGCUUGAGGACUACAAGAACGGCUUCGUGAACAUCGCGCUCCCCUUCUUUGGCUUCUCAGAGCCGAUCGCUGCUGCCAAGCACAAGUACAACGACACGGAAUGGACUUUGUGGGACCGCUUCGAGUUUGAAAACGACCCUACUCUCCAGGAAAUCGUCGACUGGUUCAAGACGACGCACAAGCUCGAUGUCACGAUGGUCAGCCAGGGCGUCAGCAUGCUCUGGAGCUCCUUUGUCAACCCGAAGAAGAGCAAAGAGCGGCUGCCGCUGAAAUUCAGCAAGCUUGUUGAGACCGUUAGCAAGAAGCCGAUUCCCCCGCACACCAAGAACCUCAUCACCGAGGUGAUGGUCUCGGACGAAGAUGGCGAAGAUGUUGAGGUCCCUUAUAUCCUUGUGAAAAUCUGA